AUGACCAACGAUCUUAUCAAAUACUUCAUCGAGUAUGACAUUGAUUUCAUUGUCUGCCCCAGUGAUCCAUCCCAUCAAUUGUCUUACAUGUUUCACAAGGGGAUAAUCGAUUGUAUAUAUGGAUCUACAGACCUUUUGCUCACUCAGAUUGACAAGUUUAUUUUGGGUAUGGAAUUUCUUUCCAAAGAUUUCCGCUUCGUCGACAAGCAUAAAGUUCUUAACGAGUUGAACUUGAGUGAAAGUCAGCUAAUCGAUGUCAGCAUUAUCGUUGGAUGCUCCGCUCAGCCCGUUACUUUCUCCACCUUGCCACCGAUGCCGAAGCAUAACCCUGCUUCUCAGUUCCAACAAAUGACUCACUUUAAGUAUGUGUUGGACCUCAUGUAUCAGUACAAGACUUUCCAAAAUGAGUCAAGCCUCUACUCAUAUGUUGCAGCUUUCAAUGAUGAUGAUUUGAUGGACCUUUAUUGCAAGGGGCUUGCCGCUAUUAAAUACAUGCCUGUGAUGAAUGUUGACGGAGAAGUCAAACUUUACAUCUCUGAGAUUGAGGCUGACCGAUUGAGUGAUGAGCUGUCCGUGUUUCAAACAGAUGUGAAGGACCAGCAAGACCCUGAACAGGACCUGGAGCUUCCAAUUGAGCUCAAAAUCCCAUCAGAGGUUCAUGAUGUUGUUUCUCAACGACUUCCAUCAGAGCUUUAUUAUUACUUGUCUGUUGGUCUCAUGCCGUCUAAAAUCUUGGAGGCAAUUGCGCUCAAUCAUUUAAGCAUUCGUCCACCUUUGGAGGGAGGACGCUGUGAGGAUUACAAAAAACUCGUUUCAUCGAGACUCACAACCCAAGUCCUUGAUGCACAAUUCAAUUUAGUCACCCAACUUUUGGCUAGGUAUUACCAAGUGAAACGCAUUCCUGUCAGCUUGUGGUUUACAGAAGAGAUGUUUGAUCUCAAUUCUAGAUUGAGCAUGCCCAUGUCGGCCAGGUUAGGCUCGUGGAGUUUUUCUAAAGAAUCCAAAUUAUUCUCUCUUAGGAUUUUUUCGAGCAAGUGUCCUUCGCUCGAAGAGAAACCCAAGAUUGGUGAAGACCUUGGCGAUAAUAUCGAUAUAAUCUCAACGGCCAAUUUCGAGGAGUUUGUUGAGCUUCAGGAGCCAUCAUCAGUUUGUGAGAGAACUUAUUGGAGACUCAAUAAGGAUUUGCCUAGUAGAUGUUUUGACCAGACACAAAACAUUUAA